GUCACAUUUCCUCCACGCGCAGCAGAGGGUGUAUAAAGUGGCCACGCUUACCCAAUGCAGUCUCUUUCUACAGCCAUCAAACCACCGUGAGUGUUCAACUCACUGUUCUCGAAAAACUUAAAAAUACAUAAAAAAUAUAAAACAUUAGAAAACCUUCAUAAAAAGAAACGAAGUGUUACAAUUAAGCCGAUAUAAGCGAAAAAAAAAUAGCAAAAUUGUAAGGAAAAAGAGACCGACAGUCUUUGGAAAAAAAAGAAGAAAUACUUUUUUUCUGGUUGACAUUUUUUUUGUGGCAGCACGUCUUCGUAGUUUGCCGCCUGAGAUAUGAACACUGCAGCGGGGAGUUAUCCCAUGGCUUCUCUCUACGUUGGCGACCUGCACCCAGACAUCACGGAGGCCAUGUUGUAUGAGAAAUUCAGCCCAGCUGGACCGGUGUUGUCCAUUCGGGUCUGCCGGGACAUGAUCACCCGUCGGUCCUUGGGAUACGCUUAUGUCAACUUCUCACAGCCAGCGGACGCUGAGCGAGCCUUGGACACCAUGAACUUUGACGUAGUGAAAGGAAAGCCAAUCAGAAUCAUGUGGUCCCAAAGAGAUCCCUCCCUCAGGAAGUCCGGAGUGGGCAACGUCUUCAUCAAGAACCUUGACAAGUCCAUUGAUAACAAAGCCCUAUAUGACACAUUCUCUGCCUUUGGAAACAUCCUCUCCUGCAAGGUUGUGUGUGAUGAAAAUGGCUCCAAGGGCUACGCCUUUGUCCACUUUGAGACCCAGGAUGCCGCUGACCGAGCCAUUGAGAAGAUGAACGGCAUGCUACUGAAUGACCGCAAGGUGUUUGUGGGUCGCUUCAAAUCUCGCAAGGAACGGGAGGCUGAGCUUGGUGCCAAAGCUAAGGAGUUCACCAAUGUCUACAUCAAGAACUUUGGGGAUGAUAUGGAUGAUGAGCGUCUUAAGGAGCUUUUUGACAAAUACGGCAAAACACUUAGUGUGAAGGUGAUGAUGGACCCCACAGGCAAAUCCAGAGGCUUUGGAUUUGUCAGUUAUGAGAAGCAUGAGGACGCUAACAAGGCUGUAGAGGACAUGAAUGGCACAGAACUCAACGGCAAGACUGUGUUUGUGGGACGCGCUCAGAAAAAAAUGGAACGGCAGGCAGAGCUGAAGCGCAAGUUUGAGCUGCUAAAACAGGAAAGGAUCAGCCGCUAUCAGGGUGUUAAUCUUUACAUCAAGAAUCUCGAUGACACCAUCGAUGAUGAAAAACUGCGCAAAGAAUUCACUCCAUUUGGGUCCAUUACAAGUGCCAAGGUGAUGCUGGAGGAGGGUCGCUCCAAGGGCUUUGGCUUUGUUUGCUUUUCUUCCCCGGAGGAGGCCACCAAAGCCGUGACUGAGAUGAACGGACGCAUUGUUGGUUCCAAACCACUCUAUGUGGCCCUCGCUCAGCGCAAAGAGGAGCGCAAAGCCCAUCUCACCAACCAGUACAUGCAACGCAUCGCUGGAAUGAGGGCCAUGCCAGCCAACGCCAUCAUUAACCAGUUCCAGCCCACGAGUGGCUACUUCAUGCCAGCUGUGCCGCAGGCCCAGAAUAGAACAACGUACUAUGCACCCAAUCAACUGGCCCAAAUGCGACCCAACCCUAGGUGGCAACAACAAGGUGGUAGAGGUCAAGGUGGUUUCCAGGGGAUGCCCAGCUCGCUCCGUCAACCGGGUCCUCGUGCCAACCUGAGGCACAUGUCUCCAAGCAGCACACAGGGCCCACGAGGUGCAGGCCAGGGCAUUGCUCCUCGCCCGUCAAUGGGGGUACCAGGCCCCCGUGCCAUGCCGCCUUACAAAUAUGCCACCGGUGUGCGCAACCCUAAUCCUCCAGUGGUGCAGCCUAUUGCCUUACAGCAGACUCAGCCAGCUGUGCAUGUUCAGGGCCAAGAGCCACUCACAGCUUCCAUGUUGGCUUCUGCACCACCACAGGAGCAGAAGCAGAUGCUGGGGGAACGUCUAUUCCCGCUGAUCCAGGCCAUGCAUGCCAACCUUGCAGGAAAGAUCACCGGCAUGCUGCUCGAGAUCGACAACUCAGAACUGUUGCAUAUGCUGGAGUCUCAUGAAUCAUUGCGUUCAAAGGUGGAAGAAGCUGUUGCAGUGCUGCAAGCCCACCAAGCAAAAAAGGAUGCAACUCAGAAAGUGGGCAGCAUGGUUAAUACUGGUGCUGCUGCCACUUCCUGAAUACUGAAUUCAAACUGGCUGGACGACCCAGCCAAGAUCUGGAAAGACAUGCUACACUGACACCAAGAAAGUUCUGCACAGUUGUGCAAAAAAAUAAAUGGAUAAAAAGAGGAAAAAAUAUAUUUGAAAACAUACUUGAAUAUUUCAGGAGAAAGUGAAAGGUAAUUAUUUUCUAACUAAUAAACUGCAUAUCAAACACAAUGCAGACCUCAAGGAAAAUGACUCUCUUUUAUUUCUUUGCUUGAAAGUGUAUUGUUUAAUUUUAACUGACAAAUUCCUGUAGGCCUUUGGCUUUGUAGCAUUCUCAAUAAAGAAAUGAUAUCAACGAAAA